CAUGUCCUGAAAUUAGUGCUGUCUAAUUAUUGACUUGCGAUAAUUAUGUCUCUUAUUUUCUCAAUCAUCGGAUAUAUAAAUCUGUUUUACAUUAAAAAACUUCUCAAUUUUGACUCCUAGAUUUAGAUUUAGAUUUAGAUUUAUGAUUGAUGGACCUUAAUCUUCUUCAAUGGCUAAAUCUCUCAUCAAUUUCUUACAAAAUAUCCCCAAUUUUUGGUUCCUCUUCUUAAUUCUUUAUCGUCUGCCCAUUACUGGGCUUCAUCUUCUCCUUAUUUUUCUUCACUCUCUUUUAUAGCCUUCAAUUCUCUCGCCGGUUCUUCCGGUUAUUAUUUCUUUUUUAAAAAAAUUUAAUCAAACACCGAUUUUUCUCUAAUUUUCAUUAAUUUAUCUUGAUUCUGGGAGACCCAUUAAAAGGGUAUAAAGAAUUGAAUUGAAUAUCCGAUAAAGUGAGAUUCUUUUUUUGAAUGGCGUCUGUGUUUUUGUACCAUGUUGUGGGAGAUCUGACGGUUGGGAAGCCGGAGAUGGUGGAGUUUUGUGAGACGGAGACGGUUGAGUCGGCGAUUCGGGCUAUUGGGGAGUCGACGGAGUGUGGGAUUCCGGUGUGGAAGAGGCGAUCACAUACGGCUAUGAUUGAGAAUAAUGAGAUGAGACAGCAGAGAUUUGUGGGGAUUCUUAAUUCUCUUGAUAUUGUUGCUUUUUUGGCUAAAGCUCAGUGCUUGGAGGAUCAAGAAAAGGCUAUGAAGACCCCGGUUUCGGAAGUGGUUGAUGCUGAUAACUCGUUGUUGAAACAGGUUGACCCUGCUACAAGAUUGAUUGAUGCAUUGGAAAUGAUGAAGCAAGGUGUAAAGCGACUUCUAAUCCUUAAAGGCACAGUAUGGAAAGGCAUGAGUAAACGAUUCUCAAUUCUUUAUAAUGGAAAGUGGCUCAAGAAUGCUGAUUCGAACAGCAGCAGCAAUAGCCUUACUAUCAACACCAACCGGCCUUCGUCAUCUUCGACCGCUGCCAUCCGUGAGAAGUUCUGCUGUCUUUCGAGAGAAGAUGUUAUCCGUUUUAUUAUAGGUUGCCUUGGUGCUCUAGCUCCAUUGCCUCUGUCCUCCAUCUCUUCUCUUGGAGCUGUUAACUUGAACUACUAUUCACUUGAAGCUUCUCUUCCUGCCAUUGAAGCUGCACGAAAGCUUCCCAAAGACCCAUGUGCAGUUGCUGUAGUGGAGUCCGCUCCAGACGGCCAUUCUAAGAUCAUAGGGGAAAUUUCCGCCUCGAGAUUAUGGAAAUGUGAUUAUUUGGCUGCAGCAUGGGCUUUAGCCAAUCUGUCUGCAGGGCAGUUUGUGAUGGGGGUUGAAGAUAAUUUAACUGCAAGGUCAUUUCCUGAUUUUACAGUAAACUCAACUGUUGGCAAUGAAAAUACAGUUAAAAGUGGUGCAUCAACAACAAGACCAAAGAUUUUCAGCAGCAGGAGCAUUGGGUUCAAUCCCGGAAGUUCGAGUUUUGGAAUGGGCAGGAGCAUGUAUAGGGGCAGAAGCGCGCCCUUAACGUGCAAAAUCACUAGUACAUUGGCUGCAGUCAUGGCUCAAAUGCUAUCUCACAGAGCAACUCAUGUAUGGGUAACCGAGGAUGAGGAUGAUGACAUUUUAGUUGGAGUGAUCGGUUAUGCAGAUAUUCUGUUUGCUGUAACUAAACCAGCUUCAUCGUUUCUUCCCGUUAAUCGAUCUACAGAGUGUUUUGCUGCUGAAGUUCACAAUUGAAUAUCACAUUUUUAUGGUAUAUGGUAUAUUUUUAUAAGUGUAAUUAGUAUGCUUUGCCUUUGAUACAGCAGUUUUGAAACAUUGUUAGGUUGAUGAGUUGUAUAAUGUUGUAAUAAUUGAAUGAUGUUCUGAUGAGUGGCUUGUGAGACGGCGUAUUUGUGGAUUUAUCUAGAGAAGUCUUAUUGUGUAAA